AUCACAGUUUGCUUUGAGCUACAAACUAAAUAAAAUGAGAGAAAAAGCAAACAACAAACAAUCUUCUCUAGUUUAUAAUUUAUUACAUAGCACCCCAAAGGUUAUGUAUUUAAGAGCGGUCCAGGAUGGCUUGUUUGCUGUGGAGUCUUUUCCCAGUGCCAUCCAAUUCAGCCUGUGUAAAUGGACCAUCUGCUGCUGUCAGUUCUCCUCUUUCCUUUUACUUGAAGCAGCUGUCAUCCCAAAAGAUCCUGAUGACCGAGCCAGCUGGGUAGAACUUUAAAUAUCUUCCACACAGUUCACAGCAUUUAAAUUUAGACAACACAAGGCAACGCAUCUCAGGCUGAAGCUAAAGUCAGAGGCUUCCCUCUGUUCUCAACUCUGGAAAGAAUAGAAAUUAUCUGUCCUCUCACAAUCAGCUAAGGAAAGAAACAACACGUUGAAGGUAUGUCUGACAACAGAGACUGUGAGGAUCUUAAUGAGGAGGACAUUGAUGAAGAUGAAAUCCUGGCAAUGCUUUCGCCUGAGGAGCUCAAAGAGCUCCAGAGUGAGAUGGACAUUAUCAUUGCCCCAGAUGAAAAUGUACCAGUGGGACAGAGACAAAAAGACCAGACGGAGAAACCUCCGACAGGAACUUUUGACCACAGGUCUUUGGUUGAUUAUCUCUACUGGGAGAAAGAGUCAAAACGUAUGCUUGAAGAAGAAAGGGUGCCUGCUACGCUGCUGCCUAGUGAGAAAAUCUUACAAGCAGAAGAUGGAAAAAAAGAAAGAGAAGAACAUUCAGAUGUCAAAUAUGAGGUGUAUGAAGUGAUAGAAGAAAUCAUUGAGGAAGACACUGCUGACUACCCAGAUGGAGUGGAAAUUAUAGAGAUAAUUGAGGAAAUAAUUGAAGAAGAUGAAGGGGAGGUUGAAAUGGACAAAGUGACUGAUGAUAAAAAUGAAACCUCUGAGAAAGUAGCUUUGACACUCAAAGCUGAGAGCACAGAUAAACAACUACAGCCCCCCAAUAACAUAGAAAUACCAACUGGAAAUAGCCAAUCUGUUCCAGACUCCAAAGUGACCUCAGUAAACAAUGAAGAUAUAAAGAAAAAUGCAAAUGAAGAUUGUUUCGUUCACCUGGAGACUCCAGAAGAAUCAGAUACAAGUGAAGCCAAUGAUAACUUCCCAAAAAAAGAACAGAUAAAAGUGAACAAGUUAAAAAUCCCAAAGUUAGCUUUAAAUAAUAUCAAAAUGACAUCAAGACCUUCAGGAAAUGAGACAAACUUGGAGUCAACUCUUGACAAAAUCCGUAACAACAAUCCAUCUAUCACAGAAGUCAACCUCAACAACAUAGAAAACAUUCCCAAGGAAAUGCUCUUGGACUACGUGAAUGCCCUGAAAAAAAAUAAACACAUCAAAACGUUCAGCAUAGCAAACACAGGUGCUGAUGAAAAUAUUGCAUUCAACCUGGCUAACAUGUUAAGAGAAAAUCGCAGCAUUACGACUUUAAAUAUUGAGUCCAACUUUGUAACUGGAAAGGGUAUCGUCGCCAUUAUCCGCUGCCUCCAGUUCAAUGAGACUCUCACAGAGCUUCGCUUUCACAACCAGAGGCACAUGUUGGGUCACCAUGCAGAGAUGGAGAUCUCUCGUCUGCUCAAGGCAAACAACACCCUCCUGAAGAUAGGCUACCACUUUGAGCAGCCGGGGCCCAGGAUGGUGGUGACCAACAUCUUAACCAGGAAUCUUGACCGUCAGAGGCAGCUGAGAAAGGAGGAGCAGAGGCAGCAGCAGGUCAAGGAGGAGAGAGAAAUGAUGCAAAUGUACGAGAACAGUCUUAAUCUGCCCCCUGGUUUACUUCAGAUGUUGGGAUACGUACCACCACUUGAGCUCCUACAGCAACACGGACUUGUCCCACCUACGCCAGAACAGAACAGCGUAGCCCAAACACAGUAUGAGAGUGAGCAGCCAGAGCCACAGAAGAAUCUAAAACGCAACAGCAUUCCCAAAAAACCAAAUGCAGAACCAUCAAACCCGCUAAAAGACAUUCAGUUAAAGAGAACUCCCAAGAAACGUGAUCCCUUCCUGGACCUGGACCCAAGAGAAGACAGGAGAUUGGAGAAACCAAGUUUCCAACUGAGAAAGACUCCCAAAGUAACAGGUAGAGGAGCUGGAGAGACGGAGGAUGAAAAGACCAACCUGAAUGAUGUGAUAAAGACUUUGAAACCCAUCCCUCGCCGACGAUUACCUCCAAAGGUUGAUCUCACGCCUCGUGAUCAGCUUCUAAGUGAGAUCAAAAAGAGCAAUGUGGCAUAUCUCAAAUCUGUGCCACUCCCAAAAGUCCUGGAAUCAAGUGAAACGAGUCUCAUCUGACUCAACUUCAGCUAUGUUCUCAAUGUAGAGUAUGUUUAUCUUGCUGAUACUUCAUGUUGGUCACACUAAAUGCACAGCCCUAAAGAGUGAACUAUUGUAUAUUAUCACAGCACAAGAAAAUACGCUUGCUUUGGUUUCACAAACUCACUUAAAUGCUUUAGUUCUUAUAACUCAUAAUGAAAACCAUGAAAUGUUUAAAGACACAAAACAAGGCCUAUUGAAUUUAUAUACCCUUAUAAAGUAUUCUUUCUUAAAAGUAAUGAUAGAUGUUUACUGUAAGGAUUGCCUACUGCCAUACACAAAAAGGUUAAUCGCUUUUUGUGGCAAUAAAUGAUCUGUGAAAUGCCUUUCUUUCAUUGUCAGAAACAUAAUACAUUUGACAUAAAUUCA